AUGGCUGCCUCCACGUUGUUGCGAAGCCGCGUCCGGCGGCCGUCGUUUCUGAGCAAGCUGGCCAAGCCGGAAGACCUCAUUGACUUGUUCCCUCAUGGCACCUAUAUCGGCUGGUCUGGCUUCACGGGUGUGGGAUAUCCAAAGAAAGUCCCGACUGCGCUGGCGGACCAUGUCGAGAAGAACAACUUACAAGGGAAGCUCAAAUACACCCUCUUCGUGGGCGCCUCGUCGGGCGCAGAGACGGAAAAUCGCUGGGCGAAGCUCAACAUGAUUGAGCGGCGGAGUCCGCACCAGGUGGGCAAGGAGAUUGCGAAGGGCAUCAACAUCGGGAACAUCAAGUUCUUCGACAAGCACCUGAGCAUGUUCCCGUCCGAUCUUGUCUACGGUUGGUAUACCAAGGACAAGCCGAACAACAAGCUGGAUGUGGCAGUGGUCGAGGCCACCGCAAUCACUGAGGAAGGAGGCAUCAUUCCCGGAGCGUCCGUCGGAGCGUCUCCUGAGCUCAUCCAGAUGGCCGACAAGGUCAUCAUCGAAGUCAACACCGCCACACCCUCGUUCGAAGGUCUGCACGAUAUCGUUCUUUCUGAUCUGCCUCCCCGGAGGAAGCCGUACCUCGUGAUGGCUCCCGAGGACCGGAUCGGGACUCCGUACAUCCCCGUGGAUCCCGAGAAGGUUGUCGCCAUUGUCGAGGCGGACUACCCUGACAUGACUCAGCCCAACUCGCCGGAAGACGACACUUCGCGUGCCAUCGCCCGAAACCUCAUCGAAUUCCUUCAGCAUGAGGUGAAGAUGGGCCGGUUACCGGAGAACCUGCUGCCGCUCCAGUCUGGAAUCGGCAACAUCGCCAACGCCGUCAUCGGUGGGCUUAGCCAGUACGCCAACUUCCGCAACCUGAAGGUCUGGACUGAAGUCCUUCAGGAUUCGUUCCUUGACCUGUUCGACAGCGGCAACUUGGAUUUCGCGACGGCGACCUCCAUUCGGUUCUCGCCCGAUGGAUUCAAGCGGUUCUACGACAACUGGGACCGCUACGCGCCCAAGCUGCUCCUCCGUUCGCAGCAGGUUUCUAACUCGCCGGAGAUCAUCCGCCGACUGGGUGUGAUCGGCAUGAACACGCCAGUGGAGGUCGACAUCUACGCGCACGCUAACAGCACCUGUGUCAUGGGCUCGCGCAUGCUCAACGGUCUGGGUGGCUCGGCCGAUUUCUUGCGCAACUCCAAGUACAGUAUCAUGCACACACCUAGCACGAGACCGAGCAAGACGGACCCGACUGGUGUCAGCUGCAUUGUCCCAUUCUGCACGCACAUCGACCAGACGGAGCACGAUCUGGACGUCGUCGUUACCGAGCAGGGUCUCGCCGACGUCCGGGGCCUGUCACCACGCGAGCGCGCCCGGGUCAUCAUCAACAAGUGCGCUCACCCAGACUACAAGCCGAUCCUGCAGGACUACUUUGACCGUGCCGAGUACGAGUGCCUCAAGAAGGGCAUGGGCCACGAACCGCACCUGCUCUUCCAGGCGUUCAAGAUGCACAAGAACCUGGCCGAGAAUGGCACGAUGAAGAUCGACUCGUGGGAUUGA